AGAAAUGGCACUUCACAAGGGGAAGGAAAAGAAGGAAGAACAGGUCAUCAGCCUUGGGCCUCGAGUGGCUGAGGGAGAGAAUGUAUUUGGUGUCUGCCACAUCUUUGCAUCCUUCAAUGGCACCUUUGUCCAUGUUACCGAUUUUUCUGGCAAGGAAACCAUCUGCCGGGUGACUGGGGGGAUGAAGGUAGAGGCUGACAGAGAUGAGUCCUCUACGUAUGCAGCCAUGUUGGCUGCCCAGGAUGUGGCCCAGAGGUGCAAGGAGCUGGGCAUCACUGCCCUGCAUAUCAAACUCUGCGCCACGGGAGGAAACAGGACCAAGACCCCUGGACCUGGAGCCCAGUCAGCCCUCAGAGCUCUUGCUCAAUCAGGGAUGAAGAUUGGGCAGAUUGAGGAUGUCACCCCCAUCCCCUCUGACAGCACGCGGAGGAAGGGUGGUCACUGUGGUCGCUCAGGAGGUGCCAAGGAGACUGUCAGCAAGUUGGACCUCCUCCGGCACGGUUCGGCUGAGCGAGCGCCCCUGACAGGCUCAGCCUCUGCGCCCAUUAGGCACAGUGUGAAAGACCCCGUUCACUCGCCAGCUGGCGCGCACGGCCGUUAUCUAAGGAUGUGA